CAUAGUUUGCGGACUGAAAGUGGCGCACAAAUCCUUUUCCUGGCUGUAUCAUCACAGAUCAUCACACACAUCACGGAUUUAUGGAAACACCUAUUGUAAACACAGACACACACAGUCCAAACUAUUUACAUUUACACAAUUUACUAUAAAAUAAAAUCUCUCUCACACACGCAUGCCUGCGUUAGUGCAGGGGGCGUGGCCACAUAAUAGUGACGUCAUCGAAAAACGGCCUUUCUGAGUUGCACUUGAACCUAACAAGUUUACCUGCAGCACCUAAAAGAUUGAGCUCUCAGAGAUCUGAUCACCUCGAAAACAAACUGUUGGAGAACUGAGUUGAAUACCUACAGCAAACAAUACCUGUUGGAUACAAUGGCUUCCAGUGGACCCCCGGCGUGCAGACCAGUGUGCAUCUUCAGACCUACAGUCCGCCCUGAUGCCGCCCUUAUGCCCGACGACCCGGUCCUUCCUGAUUACGAGGACGAGGAGGAAGAGGUUGGCGUUGGUGCGGAUCAUGUGGACGGGCUUCAGGAGGCUGAGGGUGAGCUGCAGUUCCCACCACCACACUUUGUGAUGGAGGGACAACAACAAGGCUAUGUUCUUCUUCCUGUUUACUACCCUGUUUACUACCCUGUUUACUACGCUGUUCCCUACGCUGUUCCUGUCGCUGCUCCUUAUGCUUUUGCUGACCCUGCUUUCCCUCACGCUGACCCUGCUUUUCGUGACGCUGAACCUUUUGAUAAUAAUGCUUUUGAAGCUGCUUUUGAGCUUAUUAUGGACAGGUACGGGUAUUUGCUACCUGAAGAGGAGGAUGAUGAUCCUGAGAUUGAUGUCGUCGGACUUGAGGACGAGGACUUUGAGUUUGCAGUUGAGCUCCUUGGACUGGAUGUUGAAGACAUCGGGCCACUCUUCUUGGAAGAUUCUUCAGAAGAGCUCACGGAUGCAGCAGUUCCCUCAACUUCUGGCCUCGGCUCCUCCACAAAACGACGCAGGGAAGAGAGCGACGACGAGGAGGAGGCUGCUAUGAAGAGACCGAGGUGGUCCGAAGACAGCGGCUCGGAUUGA